AUGAUGCACCAGAAGGGCGUCUUGUUUGCCCCAGACGACCCGGUAACGCAGCAGAUCCUCGCUCCCUCAGGGCCCGUACCGGGUCCCAAGGAGAUAAAAGCUCUAGGCCGCAAAGUGCCCAACUUCGACGAGGAGGUGUGGAAGAAAGAGCGCUUCCGGAUCGUGGUGCAAGGGAACUACUACAAGUUCACGCAGAAUCCGGAUCUCAAGGCCCAACUGCUGGAGACGGGCGAUAGGGAGCUUGUCGAAGCCAGUCCGCGUGACAGGAUAUGGGGGGUUGGAUUUGGAGCAAAGAAUGCGCCAGCCAGAAGGGCGAAAUGGGGGUUGAAUUUGCUGGGAAAGGCGCUGAUGGAGGUUCGGGAUCAGAUUAGGAGAGAGGAAGAGGAAGAGGAAGCCGAGCAGGACAACUAA